AUGGAGUUACCAGGAUCAUCAGUUUAUCCAGAACCACUUCCAAAGUCAACAUGGAAUGCUACAGCUAACUCUGAACAAUCAACAGUUGGUUCUGAAGGUCCUGCAAUUAACUUAUUGGAUAACGAUCUUAAUACUAUUCGGCACUCAUAUUGGGGUGGCGAGGAAGAAGGCCAUCACGAUGAUAGAGCCAAAAGCACCGAUCCAUACAUGUUCACAAUAGACACAAAGAGUACUGAAACAAAGUUUAAAUCUAUUGCUUACACAACAAGAUCUGGAAAUGUUAACGGCAAUCUUCAUGAUUUCAAGUUAUUCGUUGCUAAUACAAUGAAUGACAUAAAUGCAAAGGUUUCAGCCGAUACACCAGAUUUCCAGGGAACAUUUGUCAAGAAUCGUGAUAACACAUGCAUUGUCAACAUGACCACUGAACUUCAGGGUCAAUUUGUUGCAAUUGUUGGCAUGGGUGAAAAUGGAUUUGGCUCAGGCGCUGAAUUUGACUUAUAUGCUGACUUUUAUCCAAAGUUAACAACAGUUAUCAGCACAUCAGAUCUUCAGCUCAUGAAAUUCAAGAAGGAUAGUGAUUACAAGAUCACAUUCUACUUCAAUCAAUAUGAGGUUGAUGGCUGCAAGUGGGACUUCAACUUGAUUUAUGAGAUGGAAGAAUCCAAGCAUUACUUACACAAGUACAUGCAAUUCAAGGCCAGUGAUCCAAACCAUGUUAUCCACUAUAUCGACUUCCUCCACUUCGUCGUGAGUGACGAUGACCUUAAGCUCUCUUGGGGCUCUCCAUUUGUUGAGAACACAUUCAAGAACCUUGGCCAGCCAAUUUACAUCAACACAUUCUUCGCUGGCUGCAGAUUCCCAUAUGCUCAUACAAAGUUCGAGAAUACAAACGUUGCCAGAGUAAGAUACUACACAGGCAAGAAGUUCAACCAGUUCAAGCUUAACUCCGAAGGCUACUACGAGACAUGGAAGACAGUUAUCGGUGCUGCCCGUGAAUCAAGAAUUCCAGUUGUCAGAGCCGACUUCUUCUCCUACAUUUCCGACAUCGCUCUUCCAGCUCCAUUCAGAAAACAAUACAACUCAUUGUAUGACUGGAUGCUCAACAUCAAUGAAGAGAACAUUAUGGCUUCAUUCAAAGAAAUUGAAAAGGGCUGCUCACAGCAUGGUAUUCCACCACUUGAUUCAUACGUUAUUGAUGAUGGCUGGAAUAACUAUAACUCAGAUAAGUAUCAUGUCUGGCAACCAGAUAUUUCUGGCACAACAUACAACACAGAUGGAUUCUGGACAUUCAACAACAAGUUCCCACACAAGUUCACACCACCGUCUGACUAUUCCAGAAAGAUUGCUUCCAACUUCGGUGUUUGGCUUGGCCCAAGAGGUGGCUACGUUACAGCUGGCGAUUUCGGCAAAAUGAUCGAAGAUGCUGGCAACGGCUAUUACAAUGCUCGCAACGAUGAUAUCGAUGUUGGCUCACACAAGUACAUUGAGAAGCUCAAAGACUUCUUAGUCAGCCUUAUCAGAGAUUACAAGGUCAACUACUACAAGCUCGAUGGUUUCACGGAUAAUCCAUGCACAAACACAACACAUGAUCACAUGACAGGUGGCCCAGAUAACAUGUACUACUUCACAGACAUGUGGGAGAGAUAUAUUGAUGCCUUCACAGAAAUGAGACAGGCUUCUAUUGAUGUCGGUCUUGAUGAUUUUUGGAUUUCUGCUACAACAUGGACAUCAAUUUCUCCAUUCCAUCUUCAGUGGUCUAACUCCGUCUGGCUCCAGAUUUCUGGUGAUGCUGGCUAUGUCAACAUCGGCAAGAACGAAAACUACGCUGACCAGAUGCUCACAUAUCGUGAUGGCUGCUACUACUCUUACUAUGAUGAGAGACAGUUACAGUUCCCAGCUAACAAUAUCUACAACCACGAUCCAAUCUACGGCAAGACUGGCUCACCACUCAAGGGACAAAUGAAUGAUGACUACUUCAGAACAUUCCUUACAGGAUGCAUGUUAAGAGGUACAGCUUUCGUUGAGUUGUACUACUCUUACACAAUGAUGAAUGAAGGUGAGAAGUGGUAUAUCAAUGGUGAUGUCCUCUCAUGGGCUGAAAAGAACCACCACAUUCUCCAGCACUCACAGAGAUUCGGUGGCAACCCAUCCAGUGGUGAUGUCUACGGUUACUCUUCUUGGGAUGACUGGGACGGCAUCAUCGGUAUCCGUAACCCAGGCGGCAAGGUUUCCAAGUUCUCUAUCACAUUAGAUCGUGCUAUUGGUGUCACAGAAGGCAUCACAGCUACAUACAGAAGCACAAGAAUGGCCCACAGAACCACAAACUUCGAAGAAUGCGAGAAUGGCAAGGUCUACAAGUAUGGUGAUGUUCUUGAAGUUACACUCAACCCAGGUGAGUACAGAGUUUACGAAUUCCAUAAGGAACUCGAUACAACAGCUCCAAAGGUUGAAGUUGUCAAGUCUACUCGUGAAACCGAAAUCGAUGUCAGAUUUGAUGAAUACAUCGAUCUCUCCAAGGCUACAUUCACAAUCAACAAUGGCAUCUCUGUUGUCUCAACAAAGAUCAGAGCUGAUCUCAGAACAGUUACAAUCACUGUUUCUCCAAUGACAUCCGGUACAUCAUACACACUCCACAUCGAUGGUGUUGCCGAUAUCUUUGGAAACAAGUUAACAACAGAUGUUCCAUUCAUCUAUUAUCAUAAGGGUGAAAUGGGUGUUCUCCGCGGCUCAUUCACAGCUCAGCAGCAGCCACUCACAAAGGAUUCUGUUGAAACAGAUUCAUUCUCAAUCAGACUCAGUGUUCGUGACUUCAAGGGUGUCACAAAUGGCGUUCUUGUUCAGGACAAGUCUGGCUUGAUCAAGGUCGAACUUUCUAACGGACUUGUCAAAUUCACAGUUGAUGGUGUUACUGUUACAUCUUCUGAUAAGAUCACCGCUGCUACAAAGACCAUCACAUGCGUCAGAGAGCGCAAUGGUUUGAUCAAUGUCUAUAUUGAUCAGGACAUUUCUAACUCUGUCUUCGAUAAGAAUGCUAAGCUCACAUACACAAUCAAGGAUCUCGUAAUGGGCAAGACUGAUAUCGUAUUCCGUUAUGCCAGAGUAUUCACUUAUGGCCUUGGCUAUCAUGAAGUUGCUGAAGAAAUCCACUUCGGAAACGAGAACAUCGAACGUUCAUUCAAGAUUCAGCUCGGCCAUGUCGAGACAACAGAAAUCAUCAACAACAGAGACAACUCUGUCUUCUCACCAGAACCAGAAACACCAGAGUUCCUUUUCAACAUUCAGGCAUAUCCAGAUAAUGCAAACUCUCUCAACGCUUAUCCAACAAUGGUUGCAGUCGAGCCACUUGACAGAACAAAUUGGUCAAUCACAGCCAACUCUGAAGAAACAAACAAGAAAGGCUACGAAGGCGCCGCUCACAACUUGAUUGAUGACAUUGAAGGCAAUAUCUGGCAUUCUAAGUAUGAUGACAGGGGAGAAGGUGGCCAUGAUGACAGAGCUAAGAACACAGAUCCAUUCCAGUUCACAAUCGAUAUGGGCUCUGUUCAGACAAUUGCUGCUUUCUCUUACACACCAAGACAAAGUGGUGAUAACGGCAUCAUCAAGAACUAUGAGUUCUAUGCUGCCAAGACAAAGGAAGAGUUAGAUUCAAUGGUCAGUGCUCGCAAGUACACACUCAAGGGCACAUUAAAGUACUUAGGUCAUCUUCCAGUUUAUGUUAACCUCACCCAGCCAAUGGAAGCACGAUUUGUCGCUGUUCUUUCCGUCAUUUCUUCUGCUGGUGAGUUCGGUAGUGGCGAAGAAUUCUACUUAUAUCCAACACCAGUUCCAUUACCAUUCCUUGAUGUGCCAUCCUCUGCUUUCACAUUAGAUCAUUACGUUAUGGAGAGCGAUUGCACAUCUCAGAACUUGUCACUCAUCUUCAAGCCAUACAAGUUCGCUGAUAUCGAUAUCAACGUUACAGUCAACUACACAAUCCCAGCUGGCAAGCACUACAUGGAGAAGACAAUCAGAAUCCACCUUCCAAAGGGAUCUGGAUUGAGAAUUGCCCACAUUGAUCUCGAACACUUCGAUGUUUCCAACGAGAUGCAGAAGAACUCAUGGACACAUCCAAUCAGACCACAAGAUGCUGACUCCGGCUUAACACCAUUCGUCAUCAAUCUUGGUCAACCAGUCUACAUUUCAUCAUUCUUCACAGGCUGCAGAUUCCCACUCAGCGACAACGCAAUUGAAGAUGGUGUUGCAAGACUUAGAUACUACUCCGGCAAGCCAUUCAACACAUUAACAUUAGAUAGUGAUGGCUACUACACAUGCUGGAAGACAGUUUUAGGUGCUGCAAGAUCAACAAGAUUAGAAGUUAUAUGUAACGACUUCUUCUCUUACAUCAAGGAUAUCUCUGUUGUCACAAAGUUCCGCAAGCAGUAUAACUCAUGGUAUGACUGGAUGCUCAAUAUCAACGAAACAAAUAUCCUCGAAUCAUUCAAGGAGAUCGAAAAGGGCUGCACACAACAUGGUGUUCCACCACUUGAUUCAUUCGUUGUUGAUGAUGGCUGGAACAACUACAACUCCGAGAAGUACCAUGUUCACAACGAAGGAUACUCCGGAACAACAGACAACCAGAAUGGAUUCUGGGAAUUCAACUCUAAGUUCCCAGAAGGCCUCACUAAACCAUCUGACUUUGCUCACAAGAUCGGAUCUGGCUUUGGUGUUUGGCUCGGCCCAAGAGGUGGCUACAGCUCUCCAGAUGCAUUCGGCCAUAUGAUGGAAGAUGCAGGAAAGGGCUACUUCAACCCUAACUCAAAUGAUGUCGAUGUUGGCUCCCACAAGUACAUCGAGAACUUGAAGAACUUCCUCAAGAACUGGCUCGAAACAUACAGAAUCAAUUACUUCAAGCUUGAUGGCUUCGCAUCUGCUGAUUGCCCAGUUGCUACCCACGAUCACAUGGUUGGUGGUCCAAACGGCGCUUACUACUACACUGAUCUUUGGGAGAGAUACGAGAAGGUCUUCGAAGAACUCAGACAAACCGCCCUCGAUAACGCUGUUUACGACUUAUGGAUCUCAAUCACAUGCUUCGUCAACCCAUCACCAUUCCAUCUCCAGUGGGCUAACUCUGUUUGGUUCCAGGUCUCCGGCGAUGUUGGUUAUAUCGACAUCACAGGCAAGGACUCAUUAGCCGAUCAGAUGCUCACAUAUCGUGAUGCCUGCUACUACAACUUCUCUAACUACCUCGGAUUCCAGUUCCCACAGAGAUGUUUGUACAACCACGAUCCAAUCUAUGGACAGCAUGGCACUGAACUCAAGAACUCUCUUAACGACGAUCAGUUCAGACUCUUCCUCUACUUCUGCGCAAUGCGUGGUAAUGCAUUCUUCGAAAUGUAUUACACAUACUCAAUGCUCGAUGAAGGACAAAAGUGGUAUGUUAACGCUGAAGUACUUAAGUAUGUCGAAGGAAGAUUCGAUGUCCUCCAGAACUCCCAGAGAUUCGGUGCUGAUCCAAGGUUAGGCAAUGUCUACGGCUACUCCUCAUGGAAUGAAACAGAUGGUACAAUUGCCAUCAGAAACCCAUCAGGAACAAAGCAGACAUACAAGCUCAAACUUGACAGAAACAUUGGUGUUCCAGAGACUCUCAAGGCUGCUUACACAAGAACAGUCUUAAACUUCAACACAAAGCAGACACUUGAAGAGAACAAGGAAUACCAUUACGGUGAUGAAAUCGAAUUCGAACUGAACCACUUGAAGGCAGAAUCAUCGAUUUCAUGGCCCAGAAGGAUACAUCUGCUCCAGCUGUUGAAGUUACAAAGGUUGUUAACCAGACAACAAUCUUGA